AUGCCCACAAUUCCAGCACCAUUCGUAGACUCCAAUCGUGAGGAGUGGCCAGAUGCAGAUUUUGAUAUUCCAGAGGGCCAGCCGCUGCAUUCAAUAACGGACAAAGACGAUGACGAGGAGGACUGGGACCUUGAGAUGGACUUGGGCAAAACCGGCAGCGCCAGAAUACGAACCCCUUCCACCUCUAUUGUCUCCGAUCUCAUUCCCUCCACCAUGACCGGAGUGAUCACCAUCCGUCCACCACAGCCUUCUAUGCAGCAUUCUGAAGACGAUGAAGACGAUGACGAGGGCGUUUCCACCAUCAAGGCAGCCACUAUCAUGCCCCGGCCACCCCAGCUUAAACACCAAGACCCCAUUGAUGAGGAUUUCGAAGAUGGUUUCUCGUUACCAUCCGACCUCACUCGCCUUUCACUCGCCCCUUUGUCCCUCAAUCACCGUUCCUCGAAGAAUUCUCUUGAGUGGGGCGACAAAGACCAAACGUCAUCUUCACAGUCUUCCGACGCCUAUUCGUCUCUUGGGUUCGCUGACGCUUCACCGUCAUCCAAUUCCACCUCCUCUGCCUCUUCCGCAUCUUUACCCGACACAGAAACAGACGAUGAAGACGACGAUGACGUUGAAGGUCUGAUAAUCCCAUCCGAAAUAUUUGAAUCAGGACAUGGUGGCCGCAAACUCAAUAAAAUACUUGAGCAAAGGAGGGUGACCGUAUUUGUUAAUGAACAGGUCAAGGUGGCACCUCCCGAUCCAGAGGAUGAUUUUGAGAUGGGUCUGGUCAUUGACGAUGACGUUGAUCUUAGCCCCAGCCGGCUUCUUCAUAGCGCUCAGCAACAGAGAGCGAAAGGCCUACAUAAUCAACGUAGUCGUAGCCUACCCACCCAACGACCCAACGUCAAUCUGAGGCCACCUUCAAGGUUAAAACCUGAAAGAGCAAAAUCCCCAGUCAAUCCACCACCAUCCUCUGCUCGUCAGCUCCAAAAGCUUAGGCUGUCACCCUCGCCUCCUUUGCAACCUCCCACCCGCUCACAAACAUUCCAGACCUUUUCACAGACCCCAUCACCGUCGACGUCCUCCUUCUUAGCCCCGAAACCUGGAAGCUUACGCGGACAGAAAUCGCAUUCAGGUCUCAAACCCCCUACACCGCCUCCAACACGGAAACUCACUAGAAAGGCAUCACUCUCCUCUCUUAUGGAUAAGAGUCAAUCUCAAGCAUCAGGCUCGGGAUCGACAUCGACUAGCACAACCAAAGCUCGUUACGAGGAACCCACUGCAGCCUCCAGAGCAAAGACGCAGAGAAGCACGACUUCUCGGUUCAAAGUCCCCCCUACUCGCCCUUCCACGCCAUCUUCUAACACUGCUGCUCUUCGACUUACUAUGCCCACCUUUCCUACACGGGCCAGGCCGGCUCUCUCUUCAGUCUGGGGAGCACCGCCAUCACCGGCCGUUCCAUCACCCACAUUCCGCAAUACAUCUUCACCAUUACCCCGUCCACCUUCUAGUUUAUCAUUGAAAUCUUCUCGCGCAACACUUGUUAACUCACCUCCUGCACCCAAAGUACUACGUAAACCUAGGCGAGCGCGGACUUACGGAGAUGGUACCGAACUAGACAAUAUUGAGGAUCUCCCCACUGACUGUGACAAGGAAAGCCGAUUCCGUGUGCAACCUAAAGGAUACGGAAAUCGGAUCCCAGGCGGCACAUACUCUGCAACGAAACCUCCGGAUAAAUCUACAGUGCGAAAGAAACGACGAGAACCUUCUGGGACCAAUACAGAUGUCCUUGGCACAUCAAACAAUUGGAAUCGGAAGCCUUCUCGGUCAGAUUUCUCGUCGCUGAAGACCGCCUUUGGAUCACCACCCAAGAAAAAGAAGGUGGCUUCUCCGUCCCAUGGCAGAAAAAAGCCCACCCUCAUACGUAACCUCGGAGGUGCCGGGGGACCAAAAGUUGUGGGUGAAAUGAAGUGGAACCCCCAAAGCUUACGGUGGGAAGGCAACGAACAGGCACUUCGUGAAUUUGAUGCGGUGGUUACUUCCACCCGACCUGCCCUGAUCACUCAUCUGACUGGAUCAUCCAUUGGAUCACCUGUCGGCUCCUUCGCCUCAGGCGCCCGGAUAGUGGGAAACAUGAUAUUCGAUCCCCAACGAAUGUGUUGGAUAUCGACAUUACCGCCUGAAGAAGAUGAGCCCGAUGUGUUUGCCAACCUUGCCGACGAUGAGGAAGAUGGUGAUGGCUGGGAAGCCAAAGGCGGGACAAUACGAGGAAGUCUCACAUCACUCGCACCAUCGGAAUCAAGUCGAACGUCAACAUCCAUGUCCAAGUUAACGGACCCUCCAAGUCCCGCAAGGAGUCGUACCCGGUCACCCUCAGAGUCUGACAGUGAUCGCGGGUCAAGAGCGUCUAUCACCUUUGACAUCGACGCUGUAUUCGUUCAGAGUUGUAGAGCCGCUGAACAACGACAUUACUCGGAGCUUUCAGGAUGGAAGGAUGUUCUUGCCAGACAGGGAUCACUCCAUGAUCCUGAAAGAGCGGAUCUCUAUGAAAUCCGGGCUCUUGCUACACGCAAGUACCAAUGA